AUGAGCCCAAUCAUUUGGGCUUGCCCCAUCUGUGGAUGGGACAUUGACGGUCUAACCGAGGAAGCUGCAUUCUGGUUCAACCAAGCCCACUUCGGAUCCUUCAUUGCUCCUCAGAACCCAGCCGCGAGAUACGACGAUGAAGGCUACGAUAAGUCCGAUGAUGACAUGUUUUCCUUCGAUGGUCAUCAGCCUUUUGAGAACAGACGUGGAUUUGCUUUCCACAAUGUCUGCUGGACACUGCUGAAGGAAGCCUUCUGGCCGAAGCCUAUCCCUCUCGGUACAACUUUCCAGAUUUUCGAUUCACUCACCCUGGUGAUUCGGGUAAAGAAAUUGGACUCGGGCUACGGCUAUGGGGUAAAUUCAGCAGAGUACUUUCCUUGGGAGAUUAAUAUUGAGUCGCAGGAAGGUGACUUUCGACGGAACGAUCAGGACACUAAGAAUGCGCUUCAUAACAGGAAUCACAUCUUGCAAGCUGUUCAGAAGGUUGCUGACCUUAUCAAAGCCAACAGUCAGGUGGCUGUGGGCAGUUCAGUGCCGCCAUGGAAUGUCACUCCUGAACCAGAUGAUGGACGCUGGUCGAGGGUAGCGGGAAGUAUGCAAACUCUCGAGUUUCUACUUUAUCCACUGCCAACUGCCUGUCGAGAGCUAUUGAAUCAUAAGAUCGUCGUUUCUGACAACAUAUUGCGGGUCUCUGUGUCGACUGUCGAGGUUGGAGACUUCAGCUAUAUCUCCGGCAUUGUUCUCACCAGUCCAGGCCACACCAUCACCAUAGGCUAUAUGGGUUCCGCCGAGAAACAGCAACACAGAUACUUUGGGUUCAACGACUUGACGGGCUUCAGAAUUGCAGUCGGGAUAGGCGGCAUUCACGCCAUACAAUGUACCGGCACCCACGUCAUCGAUUGGUGGCUGGCUGGGCUGUCCCGCCAACGGCCUCAUAACAAAGCGCUUGACGGCUUCCGUCUGAUCAGCAUUGGCACGUCCAAAAGUGUGGUGACAACAGUGACGAGAGUGCUGUCGGCAUGAAUACAAGUGACAUCUCUGAAAGCAUGGCGGCCCGACAACUCAAGAAAGCCGGGCUGUGGUAUCCCGACGUUCCACCCGACGACAUCCAACUCAACGGUGACAAAUUCCACCCACUGAAGUUAUACCUGCUGGGGUUCAAGCUUAUCUUUUGGACGCAUUUUUGGAGGGCCAGGGGGCAGGUAUCUCCAGCAUCUCACCAGCAUCUCUUUGCAUGGCUAUCGCCGUUUGGCUUUAAGUACUAACAGCGGAUAUCCCCGAUCAAUGCAAGACCUUUGGUCGGUGGGCAGACACCGAACCGCGACGCCAGAAAACUACCCGUCUCGACAUUGAUAGAACUGGGGGCGAGAGGAUAUUUGGUAUUAGAAUUCUUCAUAGAUUCUGCAGAGAUGGUCAAGGCCUUGAGCACACCGAUGGGGUUCUGGUUUCUUUCGAGGUAUGGGUUUUGUGUUGUGUAGUGGGGAGAUUAUUGAUCGCUAUCUUGGCCGUGAAUUGCCAACCGGAUACACCUACACCAGAUUACGACGAACAAGGGGAACAGUUGUGAUUUUGAGGUUAACAGCGCGGAGGUAAGCCGGGGUGGUUGGUUCUUGGCACCACUGGCAGAAUUUCAACUGAAAGAGGGGAAUGCCUAUUACGGGGUUCUACAGCGUACAAUUUCGUCGUUAUGCAGGCAGGCUUCCGGCGCUUGGGGUUAUGACUAAACCCAAGUCGCUUCAGUCAUAAAGGAGACGCGCCCUCGAAAACAAGGCCAAUAGAUUAUCGACAGGCUUGCCUUUGGGUUUAUUUCCGCGCUGCUCUUACUCAUCAGAGAAAGGGUAGGUACCUAG